AUGAUGAACAGCAGCAGCAGCAGCAACAGGAGAAGUGGGACUGAGGCCUUCCACCCAGAUGCUUGGCCCAGCAGCCCAGCCCCGCUGAACAUGAACCACUAUGCCAAUAAGAAGAGUGCAGCUGAGAGCAUGCUAGAUGUGGCUCUGCUGAUGGCCAACGCCUCCCAGCUCAAGGCUGUGCUGGAGCAGGGGCCAAACUUUUCCUUUUACACCCCCAUCGUCACCCUAAUUAGCAUCUCUCUCUGUCUGCAGGUCACAGUCGGGGUCCUGCUUAUCUUCAUAGUUCGAUGGAACCUGAAUGAUGAGCAAAAGCACCAGAGGCUGAACACUAUGGAAAACUUGGCCACAGGCCUGGUUUUUAUCAUCGUGGUAGUCAACGUCUUCAUCACAGCCUUUGGAGUCCACCGGCCAAAGCGCAGUGACUGA